CGGUAAGUACAAUACAAAAUGAGUGGUGCAGCUCUUGGAAUAGAGAUUGUCGUGGUCUUCUUUCUGGCUCUGUUCCUUCUCCAUCGUUAUGGCGACUUCCGAAAGCAGCAGCGCAUGGUUCUCUUUGGCACUCUUCUGGCCUGGUAUUUGUGCUUUCUCAUCGUCUUCAUUCUUCCACUGGAUGUCAGCACGACAAUCUACAAACAAUGCUUGAUUGAUAAUGAAGAGCAUGCUAUGACAGCACUUGUGACUGCCACCGUUUCCAACCAGACAUCAGGGAAUUCAUCUGUCUUUCCUACCAAAAGCAUCCCAAAAAAAUGUCACAAGCCAUGGAGUUAUAUUCCUGAUGGUAUUAUGCCCGUGUUCUGGAGGGUAGUCUAUUGGACAUCUCAGUGUUUAACAUGGCUCCUUCUGCCCUUCAUGCAGUCCUAUGCUCGCUCAGGAGGUUUCUCCAUCACCGGAAAGAUCAAGACUGCUCUGAUCGAGAACGCCAUCUACUACGGCACGUACCUGCUCAUUUUCGGCUCCCUCCUCAUCUAUGUGGCCGUGCACCCUCACUUGCAUCUCAGCUGGUCUGAGCUGCAGACCAUUGGGAUCACGGCGGCCAACACGUGGGGUCUGUUUUUGCUGGUGCUGCUGAUGGGAUACGGCCUGGUGGAAAUCCCCCGGUCGUACUGGAACGCCUCUCGCCGCGGGCACCUGCUCAUCAAGACCUACUUCAAAGCAGCCAAACUGAUGACGGAGAAAGCGGACGCAGAGGAGAACCUGGAGGACGUCAUGGAGGAGGUGAGAAAAGCCAACGAAUCAAUUAAGUACAACCACCCCUUGAGGAAGUGUAUUGACACCAUCCUCAGAAAGUGUCCUGUUGAAUAUCAGGAGAAGAUGGGCAGAAAUAUGGAUGACUAUGAAGAUUUUAAUAACAAACAAAACACUUAUCCCACGGAGAGGAGUCUGGUGAAACUUCAUAAGCAGGUGAUUUACGCGGUGCAGAGAAACAAUCGGACCCGUGUCCAGUGGCAGAUCCUGCUUGAUGAAGCCUUUCACCUGGAGGACGUGGCCAAAAACGAGACCAGCUCGUCUCGUCAGUUUGUCCACAGCUUUGCCUCGGCAGAACCGGCCAGCUGGGUCAGACGUUACCUGUACACACCCACUGUUGAAUGGUACUGGGAGUGCCUGUUGAAGCAGUGGUUUUACCGGCUCCUGGCUGUAGUGCUGUCUCUCUUCUCCGCGGCUGUCGUCUGGUCAGAGUGCACAUUCUUCAGCACGCGGCCUGUCCUCUCUCUCUUCGCCGUCUUCAUCCAGUUGGCAGAGAGAGAUUACAACUACAUUUACAUCGAAAUGGCGUGCUUCAUCACGAUCUUCUUUUUGUGCACUUGCGUUUACUCCACUGUGUUUCGCAUCCGAGUCUUCAACUACUAUUACUUGGCCUCUCAUCAUCAGACAGAUGCCUACAGCCUGCAGUUCAGUGGCAUGCUGUUCUGCCGCCUGACUCCUCCUCUGUGUCUGAACUUCCUUGGACUGAUCCACAUGGACUCGGCCAUCUCGCACCAGGACAAGGAGCAGACUGCAUACACCUCAAUCAUGGGUUCCAUGCGAGUUCUUUACUUCAUUGCCGAUGGAUUCUACAUCUACUACCCCAUGCUGAUCGUCCUGCUCUGCAUCGCUACGUACUUCAGCCUCGGCACGCGCUGUCUGAACCUGCUGGGCUUCCAACAGUUCAUGGGAGACAACGACAUGACCUCUGACCUCAUCGAUGAGGGCAAGGAGCUGCUUCGACGAGAAAGGAGGAAACGGCAGAGAAUUGAGGAUGGAGAGAACAGGCGAAGAGAAUGGAAAGAACGCUAUGGUCGUCAACGUGAGGAGACUGCAGCGAGAAACCGGGGCAGCUUCUCUGAGAUGAAGGAAACAAACUAUGCAGAAAUGGUCAACUCUAAUUCCAAGGCCAAAUACUCUCGCGCCGGCAGUCGGUCAGAGAGAGACUGCAUCGAGCUUCUGGAAGAUGCUGAGCCUUUGGAUUACAAUGCAGAGACUGUUACAGCUGAUCCAGCAGAUACAGACUCUGGCAGCCGGCAUGCGGGGGGGAGAUAUCUAUCCAUGUCUUCCUCCCGAAGCCGUAUCUUUGAUGACGUUUGAGGCGGGCAGAGGGAGAAAGAGGAGAAGAAAAGAAGAAGAGGAAAGUGGGUCCCAGGCAACAAGAGUAUUGGCAAGGCGAUGAUGCUGACGUGGCUUGUCGUGAAUGUAGAACGUUAACUCUCAAA